GGAUCGGGAUUUUUAAGGAAUAUUCACAAGGAACAGAUUAAACGGCAUAUGUCCAUUCAAAUACCCCGAUAUCAGUAACGGCGACGACAAACAGCGCCAGGGCAAAGAUAUAUCAGCGGGGAAACUGAUCGGUUCCGGUACCAUGACGUCACCUCCGGGACCACGGGGUCUGCCCGUGUUUGGACAGGCGUUCAAUCUCGAUAAGGACCACAUGCACCUCACGUUUAUGGAAUGGCAGAAACGAUAUGGUGACCUGUUCAUGUUCAAAAUCAUGGGCCAGGAUUUCCUGGUGGUCAGCCACCCAGACAUCCUCCGGAAGUUGUUUGACACGUGCGAACACGCGAAGGCUUUCAACGACAGAGCACGUGGCUUUAUGAGUAAAUACGUUAUACACAAUUCCAAAGACAUAUUGUUCAGGAAUAUGGACGAGAAGCAGCAAUAUCUGAAGACGAAAGCUUUGGACUAUUUCGAGAACCAGUUGGUCGAAGAAAAGUGGUUCUACAGCGCCGUAGCUGAGGAGAUGCGGUCGCUGGUGUCCGAAAUGGAGUGUCUCGUGGACAAGGAAGUGGACAUCGUACGGAUCAUGGACACAAUGGUCAUCAAAAUCAUGGGCCUACUGUUGACCGGAAAUCGUAUCACGGUGUCUAGCAGAGAAUUCGAGUCCCUCUCCGGCUUUAUAAAGCCCGCUAACGAAAUGGCCAAGGUUAAGAACCACUCUACGCUUACGAAGUUGCCGAUGCUUCGCAAGAUACCAGGUAACCUCAAAAACCUGUACGACACACUCGAGGCCAGGAAAAAGGAUUUACGAGAUUGCUUCCUCGGAACGACAGAGCAGGGCAAGCGAGGCCUCGUGUUCAUGUUGAGGAGUCUGCGCGUUACUAUGGAGAUGGAGGACGGAGAGUCCUGGAUAGACAAUGACUUCAUCAUGGGCGUGGUCAUGGACCUCAUACCGGCAGCUAUUGUGCCGUUACAGAACACCAUCUCCGUCUUAUUCCUGGUACUCGUGCAUAACCCAGAGGUUCAAAACAAAAUACGCGAACAGGUUACGUUGCUUAAAGCAGACGUUACCAUCGACGACAUCCGGAAGUUACCGUACAUCGAGGCGUGCAUUCUGGAGCUCAAGCGCUUCCAUACGCCACUCCCGGUGUCCGCUCGACACUGCAACCGCUCUGGGAACGCCGUGUUUGAGAAAUAUAGCAUACCGAAAAAUACAGAGAUCUUUUCCAACUUGUUCGGAAUUCACCACGACGAGAGGUUCUUUGACGAUCCCUGGUCGUUUAGGCCGGAACGCUUCAUGGCUGAAGAUGGCUCUCGAGUAGGGCCCGAACACCCUGUCAUGAAAAACAUGGUGGUCACGGGAGUGGGUCCCAGACGGUGUCUCGGCUCCACGUUUUCGGAGAAAGUCAUUUUUCUUGUGGUUACCAUUCUCCUGAAAUAUUUUCGAAUAUGCCCAAACAUACAACAAGAGCUCCCACCCUGCGACCCCAAAAAGUUCACUUCCGGCGUUGUGACGAAGGCGCCUGAUUUCAACUGCGUAUUUCAGCUUGCGUGAUGAAGCAAUUGCGUUUCCUUUUAGUUUUAAUUCUAAAAGGAUCUUUUUAUCAAUGUUAAAAUGACAUAUACAAGGAGAAUGCAAUCUGUACCUGCACUUACAUUAUAUUUAUAAGUGUUAUAAAAAUUAAACUGUAAUUGUCUACCAACAUAUACAAUAUGUAAUAAAAGUAGAGUUAAAUAGUA